AUGGCUGCGCCCAUUGUGAAACACAAGAGAUUGGAGUAUAUUUAAUGCAUUCUCUCUUGUUUUACGUAGACUUAUUUGCAAAAAAAUGUAAAUGUGACAUUAGAUUGAAAAAAAUUUAAGAUAGAAAUACCAUUUUCUCUGUAAAUGUACAUAGUUAAUUGUUAUUGAAAUACAGCUCUUGCCCAGUGGUUAUGGCAAAGGCAUUAUCCUACUGUAGAAUUAGAAAGCAGAAACUUUCAAAGUUAUGCAGAUUUUGGCAGAUAUCAAGUUUGCAGACCAAAUGUUGUCAAGAAGGCAGUCUUCCAGACUUUGGGAGCAGUGUCCUGUCUGAUAUUUCACAGAUUGACCCAGAUUUAGAUGUUGGAGGGAGACUUUCAAAUCCACUGGAACUUCAGAAAAACAUACAGUCAAGGAAAUUACAGAACAUUAGCAUUCAAAGACUGGCAAUAAAGUACAAUAGAAUGAUGAAGUUAUUGGAAGAGAAACAAGAUCUGGAUUACAGGAGGAAGACUAUUUCUAUGACAAUACAAAAUAUGAUGAAAGACAAGAAAGAAGAAGAAGAAAUUACAAGAGUGAAGGAAACAGCAAGAGGUCUGAGAGAUAGAUAUGAUACUGCAGUGAAAUCCUUACAAGAUAUCCAACAUGAAGUGAACCUUUUGGCUUUUGGACUUCCAAACACACUGAACCAGGAAACUCCUGUGGAUAAUGAAGUUGUUCUAGAGACAUCUGGAUCUCCUGAAAUGCUGAAUGAUAGAGGUAUGAUGUCUCACAUAGAUCUUGCUGAAAAAACUGAUAUGAUAAAAUUCAGCUCAGUUGGAAAUAGAGCCUUUUACUUUGUCGGGGAACUAGCCGAAGUUCAACAAAACCUGCUAUCAUACUUCUCCACGAUGGCUGCUGAACAAGGAUUCAUUUUAAUGACAGCACCAGAUUUCUGCAAAGACUUUGUUACUGAAGGCUGUGGGAUACGGAGAGACUUGAUAUAUAAAUUACAACAGCCCUAUGUUGAUAAAGGCGUACAGUAUAGUGUUAUGGGUGCUUCUGAAGCAUCAUUUGCAGCAUAUUUAACAAAGGUGAACAUUACCAAGAAAGCCCUUCCUCUACAGUUAGUGUCUACUGGUCCAUGUUACAACUCAGUAUGUGACUCAGAAUAUCCAGGAUUAUUUUCUGCAACACAAACCUCAAAAACUAAUUUGUUAGGAGUCUACUCCAUGCUGCAAGAGUGCUAUGUCAAAUUUAAAGAACUACAACAACUUUUAUUACAUGUGUAUAGGAACUUCAAUGUACCAAUCAGAUUAGUAUUAGUUCCUGCUCAUAAGCUGAAGUUGUCAGAGGAAAUCAGGGCAGAAUUACAGAUAUGGACACCAAUCCUGCAAGAUUACUUACCAGUCUAUGCUGAGGUUCUGGAUACAACAAGAUUGAUUGCCAUUCUUGUGGAAUAUGGAUCUUUAGAUAAGGAUACUUGCUAUUUCAACUUUCCUGGUCUUGUUAUUGAGAGCUCUUCUCCACCAUCUGAGGAGCAGUCAAGGGGGAGAACAUCUUCUUAUCCACAAGAUGAUAUUCCUCAGAGACUUUUGCCCGAACCACAAAGGGUUGAGUUUGAGGUGGACAUUGUUCAGAUCCUGCUAUUUGUGGCAGCACUAGCUACAAGGAUGUGGAUGCUGGGUCAUCCCAGAGCUGUGGUAUUUGAUGAAUUACAUUUUGCCAAGUUUGCAUCCUUGUAUAUGAAGAGGAUAUUUUUCUUUGAUGUCCAUCCACCCUUAGGCAAACUCUUGUUAGCAUUAGCAGGAGGGUUCAGUGGUUUGGGAGAUAAUGCAGAUUUUGAUCAUAUUGGAGCAGGUUAUUCCCCCUCAUUUCCCGUGUACACAAUGAAAUUUACUAACAUUUUGGCCGUGAUGGAUUUUGUUCCACUUGUGUAUCAGCACCAGUAUAUAAAACUCUCUAGAUGGGCUGCCCUGCUGGCAGGGUUUUGUAUAGUUUUUGAUAAUGCUAUAUUAGUGCAGUCACGUUUCAUGUUGAUGGAAGGAAUGCUGUUGUUUUUCAUGUGCCUAUCUCUCUACAGCUAUCUAAAGUUUAGGAAUCUAUCUCACAGAGAAUUUUCUGUGCAGUGGUUUUUCUGGCUUAGUCUUACUGGAAUCUGUUUUGCUUGUGCAUUGAGUAUAAAGUAUGUUGGUUUCUUCACUGCUGUUUUGAUAUUAAUUCAUGCAACUAGGGACUACUGGAACAUGCUGGCUGAUGUUAGCAAAUCAGAUCUGUGCCUUGUCAAGCACCUGUUAGUCAGAACUCUGCUCCUCCUGACUGUCCCCAUCCUCUGUUAUAUACUGGUCUUCUACGUCCAUCUGUCCCUCCUCACCAAGGCUGGGCUACACGACAACAUCAUGACGAGCGCCUUCCAAGCUAGCUUAGAGGGAGGAUUAGCUACCCUUACGAAAGGACAACCCCUGAAUGUGGCCUUUGGCUCCCAGAUAACCCUGAGACACACCCACUCUCUGUCCCCCGGGAAACCUUGCUGGCUCCACUCUCACGCUCAUGUUUACCCAGUCAGGUACCCUGAUGGACGGGGCAGCAGUCAUCAGCAGCAAGUCACAUGUUAUGUGUUUAAAGAUAUCAACAACUGGUGGAUCAUUAAGGAUCCAGAUAGUAAUUUAUUGGUUGUGGAUGAGCCACCCAAACCUGUCAAACAUGGAGAUGUGAUUCAGCUUGUACAUGGUAUAACCAGCCGUGCCCUUAAUAGUCAUGAUGUGGCAGCUCCUCUCACUCCUCAGAAUCAGGAAGUCACCUGUUAUAUUGACUAUAACAUCUCAAUGCCUGCUCAGAACUUAUGGAAAGUUGAGAUAGUGAACAGGAAAUCUGAUGAUGAGACCUGGCAAACCAUAAACAGCCAUAUCCGCUUACAUCACGUGGGGACAGGACAGGCCCUGAAGUCAACAGGUAAACAGCUACCAGACUGGGGUUUCUUCCAGUUAGAGGUGACCACAGACAGAGUGACGGACCAACCAGCCACUGUGUGGAAUGUGGAGGAACACAGAUACACCAAAAGUCAGGACAAGGAGAGUCAGACCCGGGACAUGGCCCAGUCCGAGAUGAUCCCCACAGAACCGACCCACCUCUCCUUCUGGACCAAGUUCCUGGAACUUCAGUACAAGAUGUUUAUGGCUAAAGGAGAUGUAGAAAUGGAGCACAAGUACAGCUCAGAACCAAUACAGUGGCCAUUCCUCUCCAAGAAUAUGGCUUACUGGAUGAGUCCCAAUAGUAAUGCCCAGAUCCAUUUAAUUGGGAAUCCCAUUAUCUGGUAUUCGGCCUGUCUGUCGGUGGUUGGGUAUCUAGGACUGUUUAUAUUGUAUCUAAUGAGGAGAAGACGGGACUGCUUUGAUCUUAGUGAAGGGGACUGGAGUCACUUUGUGUUUGUGGGAGAACUUUUAGUGGGAGGAUAUUUCCUGCAUUAUCUCCCCUUCUUCCUCACAGAGCGCACUUUGUUCCUACACAGUUAUAUCCCAUGUGUAAUAUAUAAAGUUCUGGCAAUGGCUGCUCUUAUUGAUCAUCUGUAUAUCUAUAUAAACAGGUUUUCAUACAUUCCAGCCGUGUUUACAACAUUCAUACUUGGACUAGUGACCUGUAUGUUGUGGGCUUUCUAUAAAUUGUCACCAUUCUCCUAUGGAAUCACGAGUUUGACGUCUGAGGAGAUUGUAGGUUUGAUGUGGAGGGACACAUGGGAUUUCCUCAUUUAUACCAGUGUGUCCCCACCACCAGAGUAAAGGGGGGGUCAACACCUCCAGAGUAAAGAGGAGGUGUGUCACUACCAUCAUAGUUAAAGGGGAGGGAGGUAAUUCAACAGGAUAUAAAGGUUGUGUGAAAGUAUUAUCAUAUUCUGGUACUGGGUACAAUGUGAAGAUGUACAAUAAGGUUGAAAGAAUCUCAAAUGUAUCUAGUCAAUUUUAUUCAUAUCAUUCACCAAGAUAAAGUCAAAUGUCAACAACAAAAAAGGGUAUUCUAUGCAAUUCAGUGUAUGUAUUUGAACAUGGUAUGUACUAUCAUUAAAAAAGGAUCAGUAUAAUAGGAUUUGCAGUGAGAAGAUGAAUCACGCUUAUUCUCUCUCUUAUAUAAAAAAAAAAUCAUGUUUUGUAUGAAUUUCUGCCUGUUGUACUUUUAUCUUGGUUUUAAUAACAUGAACAAUAUUUGCCAAGAAUAAUAUAGGUGUUUUAAAUGUGUGAAAUUUGUGAAACUAAUUCCUUCAGAAAUAAAUCACUUCAGAGUAAACAGAUAUAAUUUUUACUGUAUUAUUUACUUGUACAUGUACAUCAGUGUAUCAGUGUGGUUUGAACAAUUAAGCUGUAAAGUACCGGUAAAAAAAUUGUAUGAUGUAUGGAUUAUGCAUGUAGUAACAACUAUCAUAUGCUGUCAAAUUAAAUAUGAGUAUUGUGAUAGGCAAACUAUGUCUGUUGGAUAGAAUUGUUUUGGAUGUGAUGUCUGCAAUAAUAAAAAUACAUACCGGAUAUUACCGGUACAUGAAUUCUUGUGAAACAAGAUAGUGUCUAGAUAGCUGCCAUAUUUAUGUAAUUUUUUGUAGCUAAAAAUGUGAUUUUUUAAUUUGUCAUACAAAUUUAUUAAUUUUUCAUUUUGCUAUUAAAUUGAUAAAAAAACUCAAUGUGACUUUAAAUUUUUGUACAAUAUACAACCAUGCAGUUAGGGAGUAAAGUUACCAUCAAUUUCA